CUCAGUUUUUACGUGGAAACCCGAAAGGGAGAAAACCACGGGACUUUUUAGGCUAAUGUCCAAGCCCUCUCAAUUCUCAUUAGGACUCUCCUCACCAUUACAUAAUACAAUUUGAGCUCCCAUUAAUGGAGUCUUGCAAGCUAUUCUAGAGAAAGUAAAUGAGUUGGGGAAGAAGGAAAGGGAUCCUUUACAUGGAGGCUAAGCUCCGUAUUUAUAGGGGAGGGGAAGGGGAGGCUCUCCACCCUAAUGGGCCGCAUGGGCCGAAGUGGGCCUGGUGGUCAAAGUGGGCCGGAUGGGCCGAAAUGGGCCUAGCUGCUCGGGCUCCGUACUGGAUAAUGUCUUGGGCUCCUGAACAGUAAUAGGCCGGGAUAAUAUAUCCCAACACAAGUCCCCCAGUUUCUUGAGUAGUGAGCGUGCGAAUCUGCUCGAGAAAGUAUACUCUUGCCUGCGCUCUUCCUCUGUCUUGCUGGAAACUGCGUCUUCGAAUAAUCAUAAUAUACGAGUGGGUGUCUGCACUCCUGAACGUAAUCUGCCGGUGAGGCACCCCCCUUCCCGACGGGGUCGGGCGAAGGGUGCUCCUCCACGGGCACACUCCCCCUGAAUGCAUCAGGCGGGAGUAAAGGACUCUGACUCGAGCUUUCCAAUCGGAGAAGCUUAGAGGUCCAUGUAUCUAUAAACCGACGUCGCGGUACUGUCAAAACACGAUGCACGUGUGUAUGUAUGAAUGUAUGAGGUAUGAUGCAUGAAUGCAUGAAUGCAUGUAAUGUAUGGGUGCAAUGUAUGAGAGAAGGAAUGUGAGAUGUGAUAGAAAGUGGUGACUCUCAUCGAUAAACCGGGCAUGUCAGCGCCGAGAGGCAGACGUGCUGCAUAAGAGACGUUCGUCGCCAUCCUGGAAGGGAUGGGCGACCCUAACGUGAGCCAGACACGAUGGCGCUGGGGCGCUGAUCGUGCUGCAUAAGAGACGUUCGUCGCCAUCCUGAAAGGGAUGGGCGACCCUAACGUGAGCCAGACACGAUGGCGCUGGGGCGCUGAUCGUGCUGCAUAAGAGACGUUCGUCGCCAUCCUGAAAGGGAUGGGCGACCCUAACGUGAGCCAGACACGAUGGCGCUGGGGCGCUGAUCGUGCUGCAUAAGAGACGUUCGUCGCCAUCCUGAAAGGGAUGGGCGACCCUAACGUGAGCCAGACACGAUGGCGCUGGGGCACUGAUCGUGCUGCAUAAGAGACGUUUGUCGCCAUCCUGAAAGGGAUGGGCGAUCCUAACGUGAGCCAGACACGAUGGCGCUGGGGCACUGAUCGUGCUGCAUAAGACGGUCGUCGCCAUCCUGGAGGGAAUGGGCGAGCCGAACCGUGAGGCCAAGUACGAUGGCGCUGAGGGGCCGAUCGCACUGCAUAAGACGUUCGUCGCCAUCCUGGAAGGGAAUGGGGCGAUCCGAACGUGAACGAGACACGAUGGCACUGAGAAGCCGAUCGUGCUGCAUAAGACGGUCGUCGCCACCCUGGAGGGAAUGGGCGAGCCGAACCGUGAAUCUAGGUACGAUGGCGCUGAGGGGCCGAUCGUACCGCAUAAGACGUUUGUCGCCAUCCUGGAAGAGAUGCGCGAUCCGAACGUGAAAGAGACACGAUGGCGCUGAGAAGCCGAUCGUGCUGCAUAAGACGGUCGUCGCCACCCUGGAGGGAAUGGGCGAGCCGAACCGUGAAUCUAGGUACGAUGGCGCUGAGGGGCCGAUCGUACCGCAUAAGACGUUUGUCACCAUCCUGGAAGAGAUGCGCGAUCCGAACGUGAAAGAGACACGAUGGCGCUGAGAAGCCGAUCGUGCUGCAUAAGACGGUCGUCGCCAUCCUGGAGGGAAUGGGCGAGCCGAACCGUGAAGCCAAGUACGAUGGCGCUGAGGGGCCGAUCGCACUGCAUAAGACGUUCGUCGCCAUCCUGGAAGGGAAUGGGGCGAUCCGAACGUGAACGAGACACGAUGGCGCUGAGAAGCCGAUCGUGCUGCAUAAGACGGUCGUCGCCAUCCUGGAGGGAAUGGGCGAGCCGAACCGUUAAUCUAGGUACGAUGGCGCUGAGGGGCCGAUCGUACCGCAUAAGACGUUCGUCGCCAUCCUGGAAGAGAUGCGCGAUCCGAACGUGAAAGAGACACGAUGGCGCUGAGAAGCCGAUCGUGCUGCAUAAGACGGUCGUCGCCAUCCUGGAGGGAAUGGGCGAGCCGAACCGUGAAGCCAAGUACGAUGGCGCUGAGGGGCCGAUCGCACUGCAUAAGACGUUCGUCGCCAUCCUGGAAGGGAAUGGGGCGAUCCGAACGUGAACGAGACACGAUGGCACUGAGAAGCCGAUCGUGCUGCAUAAGACGGUCGUCGCCAUCCUGGAGGGAAUGGGCGAGCCGAACCGUGAAUCUAGGUACGAUGGCGCUGAGGGGCCGAUCGUACCGCAUAAGACGUUCGUUGCCAUCCUGGAAGAGAUGCGCGAUCCGAACGUGAAAGAGACACGAUGGCGCUGAGAAGCCGAUCGUGCUGCAUAAGACGGUCGUCGCCAUCCUGGAGGGAAUGGGCGAGCCGAACCGUGAAGCCAAGUACGAUGGCGCUGAGGGGCCGAUCGCACUGCAUAAGACGUUCGUCGCCAUCCUGGAAGGGAAUGGGGCGAUCCGAACGUGAACGAGACACGAUGGCGCUGAGAAGCCGAUCGUGCUGCAUAAGACGGUCGUCGCCAUCCUGGAGGGAAUGGGCGAGCCGAACCGUGAAUCUAGGUACGAUGGCGCUGAGGGGCCGAUCGUACCGCAUAAGACGUUCGUCGCCAUCCUGGAAGAGAUGCGCGAUCCGAACGUGAAAGAGACACGAUGGCGCUGAGAAGCCGAUCGUGCUACAUAAGACGGUCGUCGCCAUCCUGGAGGGAAUGGGGCGAUCCGAACCGUGAAGCCAGGUACGAUGGCGCUGAGGGGCCGAUCGCACUGCAUAAGACGGUCGUCGCCAUCCUGGAGGGAAUGGGCAAGACGAACCGUGAGUCUGGACACGAUGGCGCUGAGGGGCCGAUCGUGAUACGGAAAAAUAGUGAUGAUCAUCUCAUGGCCCUCGGCCUGUCGGUGAGUGGUAAUCGUCUCACGGCCCUCGGCCGUGCUGGUGAUGUGUCAAGUCUCUCUCUUGAUUGGCUGUGAGAAGUCGAUCGUCUGCCAGGGCUCCAUCCGGGAAGGAAUGGUGAGCCUGAAAUAAAUCUGGGCGAUGUCCCUUCUACCUGAUCUGGGGAGCUAAUAGUCGUUCGAGGCAAAAGAAAACCUGAUGUUAGCCGAUCGUCGUCGGCCACUUCAUUCUUCGUACUUAAGUCUUGUAAUUAUUCUUUACAUAUGUUUUUCAGUUUGUACUUCACAACCAAUAGUGCCAAGGGAUAAAAUCAUUCUUUGCUCCGUGCUCUUCUGGCAUCUUUUUUUUUUUUUUUUUUUUUGGAGUCUUUUAGUCUUCGUUCGUCAUUGGUCCUUGGUCCUACCGGCGUUCUUACAUCGAAGAUACGUUCGGUAUCCGCGGACAUCGCAAUGAGGAACAGGUAUAUCUACAUCGAGAUUCCCCCUUUUUCGUUCGUCCCUGGUCCUUUUAGUCUUACCGGCGUCUCUUGCAUCGAAGAAGACGUUCGGUACCCAAGGAACUCGCAGGGACGAACUGGUUUACCCUCACGGGUUCCCGUCUAUGUUAUCCCACGUCCAUCGAUCCAUGGUCAUUGUGGGAUGAACAGGUUUAUCUUGGCAAGGCUCCCUUGGUUCGUCUAGCCCCCUCCGCGUCUCUACUAACCUCUACAUCGAGAGGCGUUCGUCUUCGGCGGUGGGAGAAGAUCUGGCACACCCGGGCAAGAUUCCCUUCCACAUAGGAGCUACCCUCCUCUUCUCCCCAUCUUUUUUUUUUUUUUUUUUUUUUUGAGGGAGGCAAUCUAUACUCUUCGUUCGUCAUUGGUCCUUGGUCCUACCGGCGUUCCUACUUCGAGGAGACGUUCGGUAUCCGCGGACAUCUCAAUGAGGAACAGGUUUAUCUGCAUCGAGAUUCCCUGGUGCUUCGUUCGUCCCUGGUCCUUGGUCCUAUCGGCGUCCUUACUUCGAGGAGACGUUCGGUAUCCGCAGACAUCGCAAGGAGGAACAGGUUUAUCUGCAUCGAGAUUCCCUGGUGCUUCGUUCGUCCGUCCCUGGUCCGUGGUCCUACCGAUCUUCCUACAUCGAAGAAGACAUUCGGUAUCCGCAGACAUCGCAAGGAGGAACAGGUUUAUCUGCAUCGAGAUUCCCUGGUGCUUCGUUCGUCCGUCCCUGGUCCGUGGUCCUACCGAUCUUCCUACAUCGAAGAAGACAUUCGGUAUCCAAGAAACUCGCAGGGAUCACGGGAUGUCACACAUAAUGGUGGUGGCAUACCAAAACGAAUAAAAUGACGAGGCGACGGAAUAGAUGGUCGUCAUGCGAAGGCGAUGGUCACCCUCCUGGAGGGGAGGGGUGAGCCCGAUCGCUUACUCAAGAAGGUCGGCAUUGGGAGCCGAUAUACAAUGAUCAUAAUAUUGCUGAGCAGUCGGUCCUGAUAACGGAGAUGGCAAUAGUGUCCAGUCAGGCCGAUAUAUCCGAGCAACGGCUCUCAUCCAACGCAGCGCGGGGAUGAAACCGGUCUUCAAAAGAUAAAUAUGUCGUGCCGAGAGGCCGAACAUAACAUGAUGGUGUCGGCAGUGAGAGGCCGACCCGAAAGAAUCAAACAACGGUCCUCGUCCGCGGGGGUGGCGGGGACGAGGCCGGUCUUCAAGAGAUAAGCACGCCGAGCCGAGAGGCCGGUCGUGGUAUAAUGGUGUCGGCAAUGAGCGGCCGAUCUGAGAAAAUCAAGCAACGGCCCUCGUCCGCGAGGGCGGGGACGAGGCCGGUCUUCAAAAGAUAAGCACGCCGAGCCGAGAGGCCGGUCGUGGUAUAAUGGUGUCGGCAAUGAGCGGCCGAUCUGAGAAAAACAGGCACGGUUCUCGUCCGCGAGGGCGGGGACGAGGCCGGUCUUCAAAUAUGAUAAUCACGCCCUGCCGAGAGGCCGGUCGUGAUAUGACGAUAUCGGCAAUGAGAGGCCGAUCUGAGAAAACAAGCAACGGUCCUCAUCCGCGCAGUGCGGGGACGAGGCCGGUCUUCAAAUAUGAACACGCCGAGCCGAGGGGCCGGUCGUGGUAUGAUAAUGUCGGCAAUGAGAUGCCGAUCAAGAUAUGGUCAAGCAACGGUCCUUGUCCGCGAGGUGGCGGGGACGAGGCCGGUCUUCGAAUAUGGUAAUCACGCCGGUCCGAGAGGCCGGUUGUGAUAUAAUGAUGUCGGCGAUGAGAGGCCGAACAUGAUGAGGCAGUGUCGGCAAUGAGGGUCGACCUGCAAUCCAGCAACGGCUCUCAUCGGCGCAGUGCGGGGACGAGGCCGGUCUUCAAAAGAUAGGCACGCCAAGCCGAGAGGCCGGUCGUGGUACGACGGUGUCGGCAAUGAGAGGCCGACAUGAAAGAACCAAGCAACGGUCCUCAUCCGCGCAGCGCGGGGACGAGGCCGGUCUUCAAAAGAUGAACACGCCGAGCCGAGGGGCCGGUCGUGGUAUGAUAAUGUCGGCGAUGAGAGGCCGACCUGAAAAUCAGGAUGGUCUCACGGCCCUUGGCCGUGAUGGUCUCCUCUAGGCCCUCGGCCUCUGAAUGAUGGAUGAUCGUCUCACGGUCCUCCGCCGUGGUAGUCCACUAUAGACCCUCGGCCUCUAGGUGUUCUCUCCUAGGCCAUCGGUCUCUGGGGUGGAGAUGCUCGUCUCACGGUCCUCCGCCGUGGUGGUCUCCUCUUUAGCUGGCCCUGAACGUCUUCAAGACUCGGGCCGAGCGUCUUUUAAUCAUUUCACUCGAGCGCGUUGAGUGAUUUCAGCUGCGCAAUAAGCAUGGUAACGGCCACAUGGCCCAACAAUAAAUAUGCACACAUAACCAUCUGCAUGGCUUCCUCUUUAACAUCCACGAAUACCGGCCUAUGGGUCAUCGCGACCCUCGGCCCGGCUCAUCGUGCGGGACUAAUGGAUGUAGCAGCUCGCGGCGGGGCCAACUGGCAGCCCGCCGAACGUCACAUAGAGAUAUUCAUCGGUCCGUGAGUUUUCAAACUCAGACCCAAGUUGGUCGCACUGUCCUCAGAAAAAGGAGGUUGGGUGCUUUGGUGCCUUCGGGCCCCACAUGCCACGUUUGGCAAUAGUCAUUUCGCUUAAUGGCGUAAAUGAUAAUGGGGUAUGAUCGUCGAUCGGGCACGUAGUGCCGUGCGGACUAUUGCGUAACCCUCAAAUUAAAAUGCGUCGUCGGGGCACCGCCCUUCUGGAGACGCUCGGAUCACUUAAUCAAGCUGAUCAAGAGUGGGCCGAUAGGCCCACAAGAAAUUAAAUAUUCAACAAAAUGUUGGCUGAACCAACCAUCACUAGGGCUUCGCUCCACAUUCUUUAAUUCGGGACAUUUUUACCCCUCAAUAAAUAAUAGUGGUGUAACAGGUAAUAGCAGUGAUAUUUUCCUAUCAAAGGCCAAUCAGGUAUGCUCCGUUCGCUAAUAAAAGUCGAUCAGGAGCGGGCCGGCGGGCCCACAACAACCAGUCAUUAAAUUUAAAUGGCGGUGAAAAAUAAUUAUCACAAAAGCAUCACCCGACAUUAUUUAAUUUUGGGAGAUCUUAUUCCCUAAUAAAUAAUGGUGAUAAAAAUACUAGCAAUAUUUCUACUUCGUUAAUAAGUAUGAAGCAUGCUCUACAAACAAUCACGCACUUUAAUUGGUAAAAGGAUGAGUAAGUGGUACUUAGCUCUUUUUUGGCACGAUGCUCGGCCAAGUGAGAAUCAUGGAGUUGAUUGAAUUCCUUUUUGUUUGACCUGGUCAACCUUGCUAAAGAGCCAAAGACUUCAAUUAUUCAGCCACUCCAAAGUCCAAAGUAUACGUACGUUCAAACCAAGGUCCUCGGCUUAAUGGAAUUCCCCAACUUGACUUGGUAAAAUUAUUCCAAGGAAAAUGGCCCUCUUUGCCUGGCCUCAAAUUGCAGACGUGGUCUGCUCUUGACCAAAACUUUUAUGCGGAGUACAUCUCUUAGGAAAGGCAGAUGGAACACCCUCCUAUUAACUCAGAGGCAGGCCGCACAUGCCGACCACCUUCCGCCAGUGGAGACGGUGGUCGCGGCAGAACAAGGCCGGCCAGAGGACGCGGUUUCGUCAGGAGAUCUACUGAGCCUCGGACUAUACCUCCUCCGAGAAGGUGGACGAGCAACCUGCGUCUGACGGCUGAUGUCGAGCGGCGGCGCGGCAGCUCGGGCGGCAGACCCCGCUGUUGACGACGAACUACUGUGUUUCAGGCGGAGUUUUUCUACAGAUCGGGACGCCAAGACUGUAACGCUGCAGUGAGUUCCAUCCGGUGCCGCAGGACGCCUCAGGGGUUCCAUGCCGGCGGGGGCGGCUCCGAUGACUUCACAAAAUAGAUCCGGAAAAAAUCCGAAUUUGGACUUCCCAGAACCAUUUGUUUUUUCCUUCUUCUUCCUUUUGCUAAAACCAGUCCAUCGGGUAUCAAUUUUCUUUUUUCUUUUUGUUGAAAAUCAGUUCUUCAUCUCACGUUUGUUGUCGAAGCUGAAGAACAACGUGAAUCUUUUUGGACUGAUUCCCACAGACGGCGCCAGUGUUGAGUUUAAUCCAACACGAUAUAGUAAAUAUAUAUGUAUAAAUGUGUAUGAAGAACUCAGUUUUUACGUGGAAACCCGAAAGGGAGAAAACCACGGGACUUUUUAGGCUAAUGUCCAAGCCCUCUCAAUUCUCAUUAGGACUCUCCUCACCAUUACAUAAUACAAUUUGAGCUCCCAUUAAUGGAGUCUUGCAAGCUAUUCUAGAGAAAGUAAAUGAGUUGGGGAAGAAGGAAAGGGAUCCUUUACAUGGAGGCUAAGCUCCGUAUUUAUAGGGGAGGGGAAGGGGAGGCUCUCCACCCUAAUGGGCCGCAUGGGCCGAAGUGGGCCUGGUGGUCAAAGUGGGCCGGAUGGGCCGAAAUGGGCCUAGCUGCUCGGGCUCCGUACUGGAUAAUGUCUUGGGCUCCUGAACAGUAAUAGGCCGGGAUAAUAUAUCCCAACAGUAUGUAUGUAUAUUUAGUUAUAUUUAUAUUUAUUUGUAUUAUUUAUAUUUAUAUUAGUAUACUCAACUAUAGCAAAAUCAGUAUAAUAGCAUUUUUAGGGAG